AUGCGUUGCACCACGGUCCUGGCCCUCUUGUUCGGGGUGGUGCUCUACCUGGGCAUGGGGGCAUUGGUCUUCCAGAAUCUGGAGGCCUACGAGGAGAAUCGCAAGUUCAACGAGCUAAUCACUGCCAAGGACAACUUCCUGAACUAUCACUCCUGCGUGAGUGAGCAGGAAUUCUACAAGCUGUUGAAGGACGUGGCGUCCUCGGUAGAAGCGGGUCUGGAGUUGGACAGCCUCUCCAGCAACUUCACCACCCGCUGGGACGUGGCCUCUGCCUUCUUCUUCUGCGGCGCCAUCAUCACCACCAUCGGUUUCGGCAACCUGUCGCCUCGGACGUGGUAUGGCCAGCUGUUCUGCGUGUGCUACGCUCUGGUGGGCAUCCCUAUGUUCGGCAUCCUGCUGGCGGGAGUGGGCGACCACAUGGGCACCGUGUUGAGGAAGGCCGUGGCAAAGAUCGAGACCCUCUUCCUGAAACGCCAAGUCCGCCCCACCACGGUGCGGGUAAUCUCCGCCGUGCUGUCCAUCCUGAUUGGCUGCCUCAUCUUCUUGGCCGUGCCCACCGUCGUCUUCCAGAAGUCAGAAGACUGGUCCUUCCUGGAAUCGCUCUACUUUGUGGUCAUCACGCUUACCACUGUAGGCUUCGGAGACUACGUUCCAGAUGGCAGUCAUGCCGGCGGUCUGUUCUUCAAACCUCUGGUGUGGUUGUGGAUCGUGUUCGGUCUGGCCUACUUUGCUUCCAUCCUCACCAUGAUUGGCAACUGGCUGCGUGUGCUUUCCAAGCGGACCCGCGCUGAGAUGGAGGAGUUGCGCGCUCACGCCACCGACUGGACGCAGCACAUGUCCAAAGACUUCCGUAUCCCCAACCCCUUGGAGUUCAACGACCCCUUCCUCCUGCAGCGCCGCCGCUGGAAGCGAAGCGAACGCCGACGCAUUCGCCGCGGAGCCCAGGUCACGUUAGGGUACUGGGCCCGAGGCGGGUCCGAGAACGGGCACAUCCCCGGACGCUGGGUCGGACUGCCCGGCUCAAGUACCUGCCUGGAAGGGCUCGGCUCCGCUUCGGGGAGGAUCACCACGAUGGAAUUGAUGGGGAGGCUCGACGGAGGCGGGACGAUGCCGAGGGCAAAGCCGUCUGCGGCAAUGGUCGCGCGUCGUUCCUUACCUCACCUGCUCACGCGCUCUUUCUCCCUUCCCGCCGCUCCGUCGGCCGCCGAACCGAACUCCACAGUACCUGGCGAACAGGAAUGCUCCCUAUCAGGAUCCGACUUUGACUCCGGAUCCGAAGUCUCGUCAGAGUCGUCGUCUUUCUCGCUUUUCCAGAAGCUCCGCGCUCAGCAUGCCAUCAAAGCUGGAGGAGACGAAAGGAACCCCGAGCAUGUUGAGAUUAAACCCUUACCUGACCCUGAUCCCCGCUCCUCACCACCAGCCUUGCCGCCCUACUCCACGGGCCUCCUGGAUUUUUUCGGCGAGAACCUGGCUUACAUUGACGAGUCGUCGGACACUCUGAGUGAGCGUGCUGACGAGAAAAAGCAGCGUCCAUGCAAGCCAAAGAGAAAGAGCGUGAGGAGGGUACACGAGCGAAGCCCGUCGCCGACCCGGAAGGCCGACGGAGAAAUGCGGCCGCCGUCCAAUCCGCCCACGCCACCUCCGGACUUGUCACUUUCGUCACUGACGAACACCCUGACGCUUUGA